AUGGUGCUGUUGGGGAAGCUGGCGCAGCCGGUGUGCAGCCUGAGCAAGGUGCCGCCGCCGGGCGCCUGCAGACGCUUCUGGGGAUGGCUGAAUGCUGUGUUCAACAAGGUGGACUACGACCGUAUACAAGCUGUUGGCCCUGACAGGGCAGCUUCAGAGUGGCUGUUGCGCUGCGGUGCCCUGGUGCGCUAUCAAGGCUAUCAGAAAUGGCAGCAGGACUACAAUGGUCUCCCGACGGGGCCCUUGGGGAAAUACAAGAUAGAAGCAAUUAAUGCCACUGAUUCUUGCAUCAUGUACAGAGGAUUUGACUAUUUGGAUGGUCUUGAACAUGUUACAGAAAUCAAGCUGCAGAAGUGUAUUUACAUCCAGGAUGAGUGUCUGCAGAGGCUCAGCGAGACGAAGAAUCUGCAGAAAAGCCUCCUCCAGCUGCAGAUCAUUUCCUGUGGGAAUGUCACAGAUAAAGGCAUCCUUGCGCUUCACAAGCUGACGAACCUUGAAUAUUUGUAUCUGAGUGACCUCCCUGGAAUAAGAGAGAAAGAAACUACUGUUCGCAUCCUUCAGCAGGCACUGCCAAACCUCGAGCUGGAGCUGGAUUUAGAAUAAAUGCCAUGACACAUAACUGAGGUGUAUUUGAUUUCAUGGGAUUUAUGAUAUGUUGCAUAAAUUAAAUUGUACAUGCUACUGUAUUUCCAGGUAUGGAAAUAAGCCCAGAUCUC